UCUUUCCGUUCGGCUCUCCCAACCCGCAUUUCGUCACCACCUCAAACAAACCGUGCUGGCGGCUCAGGAAAUGAAGCUGGCUAGUAUUGUUUUGCUAGUGCAUACCUAAACGGCCUUGCAUUUUCCAUUCCUUCGACCCCAGGCCGGAGUCGUCUAGAUUUAGCGCAAUCCAAAGACUUUACAAGGAAAUGCGAUGAUUUAAAACGCCAAUUGACACAAUCGAGAGCUUCGGGCCCAAUUGCAGUAUUGUCUGCUCAUCUGUCCGGUCGAAACGAGACAAGGCGCGGAAACAACAUAUACUUUUCUAUACGAAGUUGCUACUCAGCACCAGUCAGACCUAACAUAAUGGGCUUUGCAUCAGGAUUCACGGGCGGGGUGACGCUCACGUUGGGAAUCGCCUACUUGGCCGUGCAAGCCCACCAGCGGAACCGCCAAACACAAGGCGAACUCCUUCGCGCCCAAACCCACCUACUAAAUGCGACGACAGCACCCUCCGACGCGCGCCUACCUGAGAUCCUCUCCCCGCCAUCCACGACGGAGCGGGCUGUCCUCCCACGGACCGAUUUUAUCGAGACGGCCAAGGAUCGGUGGAACCACGAGGUGUUAAGGCUCGCGCAUCUGGUGCAGAGCCGCGAUGCGGUCGAAGCUGUCGAGGAGGUGGAGGACGCCGUCGUGCGCGGCCUAGCCAAGGCUGGUGCUGCGGCAGGCGCUGCAGUCGACAACGGCGUCCCUGUCGCGGCUGAGUCGACCAAGGGCGCCGUGGCCUCGCUGGUCGGCAAGGCUAAGGCUGCAGUCGGUCGGGCGCAGGACAAGCUCUCUGGUGCGGCAACGAAGGGCUCCGAGGUCAUCGCGGUCGAGGCCCCCCUUUCUGCCGUCGAGCGCGCAUUGCAGCAGCGUUUCGAAAGCCGGGAGAGCAUCUUGGAAAAGAGCGUUGAGGAGGCGCUCAAUGAGAGAUAUAAACCCGUUGAGGAACAGAACCAUGCUGUCCUGCGUGGGUUAUAGGCAAUGAAAAUUUGCGAGCAAGGGGGGGGG